UCUCCUGUAUAAAUCAAGAAGAAGAAGAAGGAGGAGAAAUAAUCCUUGUUUAAACCCUGAAUACAACUCAUGAUAAUCUGAGAUUUGUGGUGUUUUAACACCAUGAAAUUAACCAGAUCAAUCAACUCAAACCCCAAUCCCCGCCCCUGUUUGCGCAUGCGUACAGCAGUUUAGGGAGCUGUCCGCGUCAGUCGGUGCUGGAGUGUUUCCACCGAAGCAGCUUCUCCCUCCGGUACACCGACACAGACGGGAGUGAUGGAGGAAGAGUUGAAAUGCCCCGUUUGCGGUUCUCUUUUCAAGGACCCAGUCCUGCUGCCGUGCUCCCACAAUGUUUGCCUCACGUGCGCCCGGAACAUCACCGUCCAGACGCCGGACGGAGAGACCCCGGUCCAGAGCCGAGCCUCGGGCAGCUCUGACUAUGAUUACAUGGACAUGGACAAGAUGAGUCUGUACAGCGAGACGGACAGCGGAUACGGCUCCUACACGCCGUGCCAGCUCAAGUCUCCCAACGGGGUGCGGGUGUUUCCGCCGGUCAUCCCCCACCGCCACUGCUCCCUCACCUGUCCGCUGUGCCACCGGAGCGUCUCUCUGGAUGAGCGGGGGCUCCGGGGUUUCCCACGGAACCGGCUGCUAGAGGCCAUCGUGGCGCGGUACCAGCAGACCCGCGGCAUUUCCCCCUCUUCUUCUACCGCUGUCAAGUGUCAGCUGUGCGACCGCAACCCGGUGGACGCGACGGUGAUGUGCGAGCAGUGCGACGUCUACUACUGUAAUGCCUGCCAGCAGCGGUGCCACCCGUCCCGCGGUCCGCUCGCCAAACACCGCCUGGUGCCGCCGCCGAACAAGGCGGCAGGAGGAGCGGCCAGCGGUGGAGGAAGCGGCUCAGGGGGCGGCAGCGCUCCUCCGCAGCCGCCUGUUACCGCGCGGAAACCGGCAACAUGCGUGGACCACGAAGCGGAAAACUUCAGCAUGUACUGCUGCGGCUGCAAGGCUCCGGUGUGCAUGAAGUGUCUGGAGGAGGGAAAACACGCCAAGCACGACGUCAAACCGCUGGCCGUGAUGUGGAAGCAACACAAGUGCCAGCUUUCCCAGGCUCUGAACGGCGUCUCAGACAAAGCUAAAGAUGCAAAGGAGUUUCUGGUCCAGCUCAAGAACAUGCUUCAGCAGAUACAGGAGAACGGCGUGGAGUUCGAGGCUUGCUUUGUGGCGCAGUGUGACUCUCUGAUCGAGGCCUUGACCAGACAGAAAGCUAAACUGCUCACCAAAGUCACCAAGGAGAAGGAGUACAAACUGAAGGUGGUGCGUGACCAGAUCACCCACUGCACCAUGAAGCUACGCCAGACCACCGGCAUGAUGGAGUACUGUCUAGAGGUCCUAAAAGAAAACGACCCCAGUGGUUUCCUGCAGAUCUCAGAUGCCCUGAUCAAACGAGUGGCGUCAUCUCAGGAUCAGUGGGUGAAAGGGGCUCUGGAGCCGAAAGUCCGCCCUGACUUUGACCUCACCGUCAACACAGACUCACUUCUCCAGACCAUCCUGCAGCUGGAUUUCAGCCAAGGCAAAGAUGUGCAGGAGAAACCGUUAUUGAAACAAAUGCAGGCAGCAGACAGUGGUGAGGCUGAGAUGGAGACAGAGAGCCCCGGAGCGGAAUCUGGACCUUUGGUGCCGGCAGCUCCCCUCCUGCAGCUGGAGAAGUGUUGCACCAGGAACAACAGCGUCACCCUGGCCUGGAGGGUGACUGCUCCCUCGGGCAGCCCCAUUGAGGGCUAUAUCCUGGAGCUGGAUGACGGCAACGGAGGACAGUACAGGGAGGUGUAUGUGGGGAAGGAGACGAUGUGCACGGUGGAUGGGCUGCAUUUUAACAGCUCCUAUAACGCCCGGGUGAAAGCAUACAACGCUGUUGGUGUUGGACCCUACAGCAAGACAGUAGUACUGAAGACCUCUGAUGUGGCUUGGUUCAACUUUGACCCCUCCUCAUCCCACCGGGACAUUGUGUUGUCCAAUGAAAACCAGACAGUCACCUGUAACAGCUAUGAUGACCGCGUGGUGUUGGGGACUGCUGCUUUCUCAAAGGGCACUCACUACUGGGAGGUCAGCAUCGAUCGCUAUGACAACCACCCUGAUCCUGCGUUUGGCAUCGCGAGGAUCAACACCAUGAAGGACAUGAUGCUGGGGAAAGACGACAAAGCCUGGGCCAUGUAUGUGGACAACAACCGUUCCUGGUUCAUGCACAACAACUCCCACACCAACAGGGCGGAAGGCGGCAUCACUAAGGGGUCGACUGUGGGCGUCCUCCUUGACCUGACCAAACGCGCACUGACUUUCUUCAUCAACAAGGAGCAGCAUGGACCUACAGCCUUUGAGAACCUGGACGGGGUCUUUGUACCUGCUGUUAGCCUCAACAGAAACGUUCAGGUGACCUUACUGACCGGCCUGGAGGUGCCAAAGAAUAUCAAACAGUAAGAGCUCCUUCCUUCUCCCCUGAGCGAGUCCUGGAUACAAACCAAUCAUGUCAUGCGCAGUCUCUGUUUGCUCUGACAUGGAGCUUCUCCAGAAACAUCAGAUGGCAUUUAUCUUUGUCCCAUUCUUCUCAAGAUGCCCUUUGUCUUGGAUAAACGUCUGUGGAUGUUGCUGCAGAGAUGACUGGAGUCAUUGUAGAUAGCCAUAUCUCUUUCAGUUUUUUGCUCUGAGGAAAUGUACACUGUCAUUGUUUUGGGAACUUGUAUCAUUCCAGUUGUUUAAAAAAGGAUCAAAUCAGACUGACAAAAGACAUUCUCACUGUGCAGAGAAAUAAUUUAGUCCUAGGAAUGUUUUUUAUUUUAGCUGUACUACAACAUGGUGCAAGACUUGGAGAAAAAGGAUCCUAGUAGUUGCUCUGCUUCUCUCUCGGGAUGUUUACAUCCUGCGAGUUGAAACUAAAAGAAGAUUCUUUUUUGUAGUUUUUUUUUUUUUCUCUUGUGGCAACACAAGUUGUUUCCCUCAUGAAACAUUUACCAGCUAAGCUUCCCUACAAGCUCCAACAGCACAGCUGUGCCUGUUUUCCUUCUUGAGUUUUUUCGUGAAUGCGACUUUGAAUCUGACCACAUGAUGUCAACAAAGCCUUCCUCAUGAUCAACUCUAUCUCAUGCAGAUUGGAACAACGAUGGUUUGAUUCUUUUGUUUAAAAAGUUUACACAUAAUUCAAUUUCUCUUUCCUCUGAACCUGGAGAACCUGCAGAGGCUCUGUUGUACUCUGCAGCCGGAGCAGCCCUAUUUUAGGAAAAGUCCUUUUGGAGUCUUAAUGGUGAAACUUUCUGAAAGGAUAUGAAUUUGGUUACAGUUCAAUUUCUAAGAUGCAAGUAGUGGAAUAAAAUAGAAAACAAAACUUUAGAGAUUUGAUGAAAACAAGAAAUUAUAAUGUUUAAAAAGUAAUUAAACAUACUAACUAAGGUGCUGUCCCCACUCAGCUGAUCAAAACUGCCUUAAUAUUCUUGCAGACAGCGACUCGGGCAGUAGACUGAGGAACUGUGUGUUUUGACAGGUUAUAAUUCCAGACAGAUGUUCACAUGUAUGUGGACGUCUUGGCAAAAUUGAGCUUGUUAAUUUAUUUAAAUUCUUCUUUUAGGAUUUAAUAAUAUACAUAUAUAUGAUUUUUUUCUUUUUAAAGACUUUGGUGCAGAACUUGAAAUCUUUUGUGGGUUUUCUUAGUCACAGGUCAGACCUUGAAUAGAUAGAAUUGUUAGCAAUCAAAAAGCUGAUGGAGAAAUUCUGGUUGGAUAUUUAGACACUCGUGGCAAAAUUGUGGAUUUUUAAUGCAGAUCAUGCAGCCCACUGCCAAAGCACAAUCGGCCUUGUUUUUCCUUCAUUUCACGUCCAGUUUUCAUGUUUCUUUGGGAUCAUCAUCCUGCUGAGAAUGUUGUAGACAAGUCUCAAGAGGAUAUAUGGAGGACUAUGGAGGUAAUCCCUCUAUAAAGGUCCAGCUGCAGAAAAACAGCCACACAGCAUGAUGCUACCACCUCCGUACUUAACAGUCUGAAGAGCUUUUUAAGAAUUGAAUGCCUCACAUUUACUCUUCCUUAUCUGAUGAUAAAAUUCUCCCCUUUUCACAUUUUUAUGGGAUCAUUUUCAAACCAUUUGAGGUCACAAAAGAAACAACUUUCAUGAAAGGUAGUUUUUUGGUGUUUA